AUGUUCUCAAUUCUUGAGAUGAUCACGCCAGCACUCUACUGUCUCUAUCCAGUUGUGGUUUUGCUCGGCUUCCUUGUUGCCUUCUUUACCUCUGAUGGCAUUUCAGGGCCCGCCUACAACAAAAAGACCAUCAUUCUCUUGCUCAGUGUUUUCUCGUGUACCCAGUUUGCUCAACUUUCUACAGUCAUACUCCAGAGCUACUUAUUCCCAAGCUUUGUCGCCCCAGAAUAUUUCGUCAUCGGCACUGUCUCCUGCUUUUCCCUAUCGAUUCUACAGAUAGAUGGCCUUCUGAACAGUUCCGUCCCGGAUUGGUAUUCUUUUCGCUGCUCAUGGAUAAUCGCGAUUCCUUUCGAGAUUAGCAUAGCGCUCCUUUCGAUCUCGACGUCAACUUCAGUGUGGCCCUCUCUUCCAGACUCCACUAGGGUAGCCGUCAUAUGUCUGGCAACCUCAAGAAGCCUCCUGCUCUGCAUUCUUGUUUCCCCCCGCAAUACAUGGUGUGGAUUCAACUCCGAUCAUACAUCGAUAAGUGACGACGAAGAACACUUUCUGCUUCCAUCUGGAGACCCGACCCCAAGAGACAUUAACAGCCGCACUUCGAGGAUGCUUGACGGCCCCAUCUAUGGAUCAAUCAGGGAAGCAGACAACAGCCGAGGGAUCGCUUCAGGGAACAAUGAAAGCGGUGACACCGAGGAAUCGAUUUUUGGUAGGGAUCCUUCAAGGAGUGCCUGGACCCGGAAUGUGAAAGAUUUUGUGAAGCUCACCCGCCUUAUCAAGCCUGAUGGUCUCCGCCGACUUCAAAUUCAAGUAAUUAGCGUUAUCAUCGGUCUUCUCGCUUCCACUUGCAUAAAUUUCCUGGUUCCUAUCCUGACUGCCCGUGUCGUGAACGAACUAUAUAGCAACGACACUGACGCACCAUGGGUUGGAGUCAUGAUUUUGUCUGCUCUCUGCUUUUCCGGCACUGCCAUUACACUAUUCUGCGAAUACCUCUGGAUUCCCUUCAAAUGCUUCAUAACGGAAACUUUAAGCCGAAAGGCCUAUUCGCAUUUCCUUCACCUCUCUUCUGAUUUCCACAACGCGGAGAACAUUGCUGAGAAGACAACCUCGAUCCAGGGCGCAAAUGUGAUGUCAGAAGUUCUCGAAUUUUCUUUCCUCCAAUUCUGUCCAUGGCUUGUGCAGUUAUGUUCGGCGACCAUUUACUUGUCUAUCGUUAUGGUACCCUACCAAGGUUUUAUAUUGGCCGGAAGCAUGUUUAUACACCUCUUUCUAACCAGCAAACUUGCACAUGAAGUUUCAUGGGAAAACGAGGCAUUUUCAAAGCUAUUUCAAAAAGAACAGUUGAUCAGGCAUAACGGAUUUCGAGGAUCGAAGACUAUCCAAGCCCUGAAUCAGAAUGGCUACGAAGACAAUCUCCACUCCAAUGCGGUAUCCACACGGAUGUGUCAAGUCAAGACAUACGCCCAAAGACGGGGUCAAGUAGCCGGUUUCCAAAGAAUCUUACUGGCCCUUGGCCUAACCGUAAGUCUAUGCCAUGCCAUCAGCCAGGCGACUGUGGGGUUAGCAACAGUCGGACACCUGGCAAUGCUCAUCGUGUUCUGGUCCCAACUCCACAUCACAGUCCGCUCUCUCUCAAGGGCCGUCCAAAACACUAGCCAAGGAUUUUCACAAGCUGCUGCAUUCUUCAGGUUGUUGCAUAGAACACCUGCCGUGUACAACAGGCAGAAUGCUCGGCCCUUGAAGCGUAUGGCCGGAAAGGUCAAAUUUGACGGCGUAUCUUUCGCCUUUAGGGAACAAAAGACUGUCAUUGAUAACGCAAGCUUUGAAGUCGCUGGCGGCGAAACCGCUUACAUUAUUGGGGACAAGGGAUCAGGAAAGUCAACGCUUCUUAAUCUUCUUAAUCGAUCAUCCAAUGUAACCAAGGGCGCUAUUCUCAUUGAUGGUCAGGACAUUCGUGAUGUCGACCUUUUUAGGCGAGUACCCAUACAUUCAGUAGUCUAUCUCGGGUCAGCUACUGACAUUUGUUUUAGUUUACGAGAUAGGGUCGGAAUUCUUUCAGAUACGUGCUAUAUUUUUGAUGACACUAUCUUGAACAACGUGCGAUAUAGUCGUGUCACAGCAAGCGACAGCGAGGUAUUCCGGGCCUGCAAGGCGGCUGUCCUUCAUGACGAAAUUCUACGGUUCCCUCAAGGUUACGCGACAGUAGUUGGCGACAAUGGCAUAAAACUCUCGGUUUCUGAGGUACAGAAAAUUGCGAUCGCCCGUGAGUUUUUACGGGAUCCAGAUAUCCUGGUUCUAGAUAACGCAACAAGUGCUUUGGAUCCCUCCACAGAGCAACGAAUAAUGGUUUCUCUUACAAAGCGCAAGCGAACUACCUUUAUUGUCCAGUGUGUACACUCUCUAGCGCUUAAUUUCAAUAUGAGCCUAACUCGUUUAGCCGUGAUCUCGCAAAAUCUCUAG